GUUCGGUUCAAAUAAAAAGUGUGUUCCUAAAUCGGCCAAUCCUGACGAAGCGUCGUCCUCGGCGCGCUCCUCGGCAAGGCCAGUUGACAGUGAAGCAACUGCAGCCGGAGGACCGCUCAAGCAGCCGAAGCAGCCGGAGGACUGCCCAAGCAGCCGGAGGACUGCCGAAGCAGCCGGAGGACUGCCCAAGCAGCCGGAGGACUGCCGAAGCAGCCGGCCGGAGGACCGCCGAAGCAGUCGGAGGACCGCCGAAGCAGUCAGAGGACCGCCGAAGCAGCCGGAAGACCGCCAAAGCAGCCAGAAGACCACCCAAGCAGCCGGAAGACCGCCCAAGCAGCCGGAAGACCGCCUAAGCAGUCGGAAGACCGCCGAAGCAGUCAGAGGACUGCCAAAGCAGUUGGAGGACUGCCAAAGCAGUUGGAGGACUGCCAAAGCAGCUGAAGGGUCGCGACUGAAGCUGAAGGGUCGCAACUGCAGUUGA